GUAUUUUUUGGCUGUGACAGACCUUUCUUUGUUUCGUGGAUGUUUUGCUGGCUUGUGAUGGGGUGUGAACCGACAGUCUGUAGAGUUUUCCAUCUGGUGUGGAUUCACAAGUAGCUGUUGCUAAACAGAUACUUGUGUUCAAAUCCUAGAAGCGCGCAAAGGAGUAGGCAAGUGUAGCGGAGUGUUGCCAACCGGCGGGGUUGAUUCCCUCCCCCCUCUUGUUGUACAUGUUUUUGGCCAGGAGGUUUGGAGGGUAGAGGAAGGUAGACGAUGACUUCUCGCCAUGUUGUGUUGAAGUUUGGCGCAUCCAAUUUCGCAUUGGAUGUGUUUCCAGAGGAGGGUGUGGAAAUAUUCAAGUUCCAAGUCUUCUCCUUGACAGGGGUCCCGCCCGAGGAGCAGAAGCUCUUUGGACUUACCGUGACACCGCUUCCCGAUGACGCGGACUUGCGCUCUCUCUUGAUAGCAGACGGACAGGAAGUUAUCCUCGUCGACAGGAGCGGAGAAGACGGUAAUGCCAUUGAAAAAGCUGUAGAUGGAAGUGCACAGAAUCAGGCGCCGACUCGAUCGGCAGGACACAGUGGCACAGCCGUAUCGCAAUCGGUGUCGCAAUAUGAGCUUCUGGCAAAGCAGCUGCAAGAUGAGAAAGACGCAGCUGCACUUGUAGCAGCAGCAGCAGCAGCAGCAGCAAAGGAAAUGUUGCAUUUGAAUUCACACUCACAGGAUCGGGCUUAUCGUAGUUUUGAUGGAAGGGGUAGGGAAGAUAUACCUGUUGAUGUCCUUAACUCGGCAUUGGCAAAGCCGAUCGCCCGGAGACUGCGUCAGUACAUCCGUGCCGCGCGACAGUAUGAGGACCCCAUUAAGCAAGCGCUUGCGCUGUCUGUUGUUCCAUUGGAAGAGCUGGAGGAGAAGGCGGCCGUUCAAAUCUUCACGAAGAAGGGCAUUUCUUUGCCCAGUGAGGACUUGAUGAGGGAUGCCCUGUUGGAGGCACUUUUGCAUUGGUUCAAAGGAUGGUUUAAGUGGGUGAAUGCCCCCUGCUGCAGCUUUUGCGCAGGCCCAACCCGGAUUAUCGGUCACUCGACAGGAAACGAGGAAGAACUGAAGCAUGGCGGGGAGCGGGUUGAAGUGUAUGGCUGCGGAUUGUGCCAGACGGUGACGCGUUUUGUGCGAUACAAUGAUCCCGCGAAGCUGCUUGAGACAAGAUGUGGUCGUUGCGGGGAAUGGGCCAACGCAUUCACUUUGAUCUGCAGAGCCUUGGGCUACAAUGCCCGCUGGGUGGUGGAUUGGAUGGACCACGUUUGGACAGAAUGCUUCUCCAAUCAUCUUGGAAGAUGGGCUCAUUGCGAUCCAUGUGAAGAGGUGUUUGAUCGUCCCCUUCUUUACGAGAAAGGAUGGGGUAAACAGCUGUCGUAUGUGUUUGGCUUUGGCGGAGAUGGAUGCGUGGACGUCAUCAAGAGGUACACACGCGCAUGGUCGGAGGUUUCCCGCCGGCGGUGCGAGAUUUCGGAGUUGGAACUGGAGGUUCUGUUGAGGCACCUGAGAAGAGAAGUUCGCAACGGGUUGUCGGCAGCGGAGCAGGAGCGCCUUCGCAUAGCGGAUGAGCAGGAGAAGGAAGAGAUGGAGAGCUCCUACUCAGGGAGAUCCGAAUCGCUUCCGGACGAAGAGCAAGUCCUACCUGGUCGGCAGUCGGGUUCGGAGGAGUGGCGUGUGGCAAGGGGAGAAACAAACUCGAAAGACGCUGCUGUAAGAACAAGGAAGAAGUCCUCAGCAAUGGCAGCUCGCGAUCACAUCGUUGGCAUUGUGUUCAAUCGACUGGGACAGAUCGUAAAGAAUCUGAUCGCCAAACAGUAUCGUCAUGAUGAUGCAGCUGCAUCGAAGACGGACUCUGAGACAGACCGCGGUGUCAAAGAUUCCCCUAACGAUGUGUCGUAUUUGAAGGAAGGAUCGGGCAUUUUGCUUGGCAAACUGCAAGCUGUAGUUUCUCUCUUUGAGGAGCUCCUCAAGGAUAUGGGCCGGCAGCCGUACAAAAGCAGGUCAGUUCACUUAUGCGCAUCGAGACUGGAGGUCGCGCCGGGGUUGCUCGAUCUCUUUGCCGACUUGGGUGUUACCUUGCAGAGUGCAUCGGAUUGCGAUCCCAAGGACGUGAUUCUGAAAGUGGAUGGGUCGUUAGAUAUCGGACCAGCCAUUCGAUUGGCGGUCGCCGUUCCUGUGAUUGCCACGGCGAUCGAAAGACUAAGACGAUCGCUGAGCAGCGGGCAAUUUGAAGGACAAAGGGCUCCUGCCGGCGACGAGGUUGCUCGGGCGUUGGAGGGCACCAAAUGGUUGCUGCAAGGAGAGAGAAUUUGCGGAGGUAUGGUUGUUGUCAGCGGAGAGAAUGGUCCCUCUGAGAUAGGCGUCAAGGCAUUCGAUGGCCUGCUGUCCACCAAAUGGCUGGAUUUUGGAGGCAAAGACGGAUCGUCUUGGAUAUUGUACUGUGCUGCAGGUGGACAACCUAGAAAACUGGUCGCAUACGAACUUACUUCGGCAGAAGACUGUCCGGAGAGAGACCCUAGAGACUGGGUGUUAGAAGGGAGUCAAGAUGGAGGUUCAUCAUGGCACUGCUUAGACGAACGGAAGAACGUUCUGUUCUCGGGGCGAAACACAGCAAAGCUCUUUGAGGUCCAUACGGACUCCCAGAUGGCCUCUUCGACAUACAGGCUUCGCUUCACGGCCGUGAGAGACCCUUCAUCUGCGAACAGCCUACAAAUCUGUUGCAUCGACCUUUUCGCCGCUCCGGAUGGAAAAGAGAUCGCAUGACGAUUGCCGUUCCAAUAUCGUUGAUGUCAUCUUUAUUCCUCUUCAGAGUGGAGAGCAAUAGCUAAGAGUGGCGGUUGUUUCUCAGGUCAGCGAAAAAGCUUUACGAGAAGAAGAGUCGGGAUUUCAGUCGCUGCACUGAUCGUUUUUGUUUUUGUUUUUGUUUCCCUUCCCUCCCCUCCCCCCCCCCCCCCCCCCUUCUUUGGAUUAACUGUUACCGUCUUUGCGCCGGUUAUAUAGAUUGGAGGUCAAGACGUUGCCUUCAACCGCAACAGUGGUCUUUGAAUUUGACCAUUGCCGGUCAAAUAUGGAUGAUGUAAUCUAUGUUUGUGUUCAUAGUGGAGAGCUAUACAGAAGGAUUAAUCUUUUGUGUUCAACCGCAACAGUAGCACUGUGACAGUGGUGCGACCCACAGGUGAAGAGUUCAAACUUCAAAUUUCGGUCCCCGGUGAAUUUCAUAAUGUGAGGGAGUGACAGGGACUCAAAUGAAAUUUCACUUUGGAA